AAGGGGGGGUACAUGUUGCAGCGCGCGCUCUCUGCGUGCCCAUGAUCCCUUCCGCCGAGAGAGCGUUCCGGUCUCGGCCCCGCCGCGCCAAACACACCCGAGGGACCCGCAGCCCCGUCCGGGGAGCCGGAGCCGGAGCACCGCACUCGAACGAGGCGGAGGAGCCGACCCGCCUCAUCAUGGCAAAGCUGCCUUCGCAGAACGAAGACCGCGCUUUUUGGGAGCCCCGCGCGGAGGUGCGCGCCCUGCCCGCGGGGAAGCGGCAGGUUAUGGAGAGGUUCUUCACGCCGCUGCACGCGCCGCAGCAGGACCCAGUCAAAGCGCGGGAACACCGUCGUCACGUGCCGCGGGAGUGGCAGCAGCACGGCCAGCAGCACAGCCAGCAUCACCCGAACCGCGGUCGCUAUACCACACUGGAGGGCAGCAGCGGAGACACUGAGCAGGCGCAUGUCCUUCGCGCUCGACGUAGCCGCUGUGAGCGGCCGGACGAUCUCCGCCACCCACACCCUCACCAGCAGCAGUACAGCCUUGACAUGACAUCGCACGCCCAUUCACUACACAGCCUGGAUGUGGAGGGCUCCCACUCUGACACUUUUGCCACGCACUCGUCAGUCUCGUCCACCGGAUCCUCCAGCUGGUCCUCCGAGGCCAGCAUUGACAGCGAGACCUUCCUCAGGGAUAAGCGGCCUGGACCGCAGCACUCCCAGUCCUGCACCAACAUCGCAAGUGGCCGGCAAGGGUGGGAUGAGGAAGAGGAGGUCGAGCAAGUGUUUAGAGGCAGGGGCCGAGGUGGGGACUCACAGUGUCAGCUCCGCCAUACUGACCAUGUUCCGGCAGAGAAGGACUACCAGAGUAACCGAGACCAGCCCUCCUUCCCAAAGCUCCAGAAAGGCCAGAGCAAGAGUGAAGAACGGCUUCUGCGGGACAACGAGUUGGAAGGAGCCAGGUCCCCACGCCGAGAGCACAGCCCCCUCUAUAAGUCGGCCAGCUUGGGACGUAGCCUAGUUUUCAGCAACAGCACCGAGAUCCUCCCCGGUUCCAGAAACCGUAAAAAGUCUGUCUCUUCCGUACAGCUUCCAAGCAAGGGCAUCUUGAAAAACAAGGAGGGUCGGGGACAAGGGCCAGGGGGCGCUGGCAAUUUCCGUAAGGCCAAGUCAAUGGAGGUCCUCUCGACUCGUGUCGAGUGGACUGGUCCAUUGCCAGAGGCAGCCAAGCUCAAGACGGAGGACAAGGACCAGGAAAAGAAGAAAGAAGCUGCUAGGAAUAGCUUAGUACAAGAGAAGCUCCAGUUCUCAGCCUUCCUGAAUGAGAUCACACGGCAGGUCAUCAGUCCCUCGAGGCUGAGCUCUCUAGGAGUCACGGACGUGUGUGAGCCCAUCCGCCCAUCCCCAGCCCCUUCCUUCUCCAGAUCCAGCAGGGAGGAGCAGAAGCAGCGAGGGAGGAGACCGGAAGAGGCACCAUCACAGAGGCAGCCGAGACGCCAGUUGGACAGCCCUGACUCUCUAGUCUCCGGCGUCCACUCCCAGCCUGACCAGCAUUCUCCAUGCAGCAAGUGUCAGCGUCAGAACCACACCCGGAAUGACACCCCACAGUACCAGCACCACGCUUCAGGCAGCUACAUUGAUGCCAGCACUAGCCCAGAGAGUCUCCCAGCCAAGGGUCAAGGGCAGAGCCACAGGGAGAGGAAAUGGCACCAGAGCAGGUCUGCCCACCUUCGCACUGAUGGCGCAAGCAGUGGCUCAGAGUUGAGUUCACAGUUGCCGCGACAACCUCAGAAGCAAGUGCACCGGGGUGCCCACCACAGCCCACCUUCCCACACCUCCCAUCAAGCUCAUCUGAGCAGCCACAGAGACAGCCCUGCUGGAAAUCUGGCGCGAGAAUCGGACACCUCACACAGCAAAGAGAGCGGCUCGAUGACCAGCCCCAGUUCAGAUCAGGGCGACAGACAUAAGCAGAUUAGUCGCAGGGGCUCCAUUGUACAACACAAGGAUGCUGUCUGUGAUGUCGACAGAGUGCAAUUCCUGCAGGAGCGGAACGAGGAGCUGCACCACAGUCUUCUUCAGACUGUGGUGCGCAUGGAAUGCAUGGAGGCAGAGCUGCAGAAGACUCGUGAGGAACUGAGCAUCCUUAAGGAAAAGUUCAGAAGACUCCAGGACAGUUACUCAGGCACACAGGAGACCAACCACUUACUGGGACAGAAGCUUUACUCAGUGGUGCAGACCUUGGAUGAGGAGCGCGAGCACCUCAUUGCACAGAUCUCAGAGUUGUCCAUGCAGCUGGCUACUGCUCGGACCACAAUUUUCUCUUUGGAAACCAUUAAUGUUCCAUCCUUACUAAGGGAACUACUGGAAAAGCACUUCCAGUCUGAAGAAACUGUCAAAGAAUUCUUGCUCCGCUGCACAAGUGAACAGUCAGAAGCCCUUACUGCAGCUGAUCAGUCCCAGGCAACAGAGAAGGAGGAACAGCUGGGGAAGGCUGAAGUCCCACAAAGGUGUGGAGGGCAAGAGGCAGGAGCAGGUCACCAGAGAGUCACAGCCUUCCUACCCUGGAAACAGGAACGGAACAGGUGGGUCAAGUCAGGGGCUGAGUCCGGAGCUGAGGUAAGCGUCAAGCAACAAUGCCAACACCUCUUACGGAUACCUCACCUCCAAUUCACCACACCCCCGGAAGCUUUACUCAAUCCCGCAGUUGAGGCUGGCCUCACCAGCUUAAAAAACACCGCCAGCAGUCUGAUGAGGGACACAUGCAGGGCUCCGGUAGGCCAGCUGAACUCUCCCAUCCGCAUCUUGUCCACAAGCCUCGAGGAGAUCCGUUCCCCAGGGAUGCAGUUACACUGUGACCAGGACCAGACCAGAAAUCGGCCCAGUUCGGCCACCACAAAAAGCUCUGGGCCCCCGCUGAGCUCCCAUUUGCUCAAAGGCAGUACUGUGGAGAACUUGAGUGACAACAUCAUUCCCAGCUGGAGAAUAUGUAACAGCAAGACCACCACUGGAAUGAGAAAGGACAACGUCGAACAAAGCUCCAACACAGUUACCUACCAGGUCGCCCAGAAGAUGCUGGAUGAUUUCAUGUACCAGCUGCAGCAUCCAGCAGAAGGGGUGGGCCAUCAGGGAGAAUUUAGAAGCUGGGCCAAGUGUCCAACAGAGGAUAUCCUGAAUGGAGAGCGAGCACAGCUCUGAAGCAACCCUUACGGGAGUCAGAUGUUGCAGUCCCUUAUCCAGUCCACAUCCAAAGUGCCCAUGAACUGCAUUUUGCUGGCCGAUGUGCUUCUGAGCCUCCAAUCUUGAGCGUUUGAGUCUUUAUGUGUGCACUUAUCGCCUCUUACUCAGUCAUAAUUCGUUCUUGAAAAUGGACCCAAUAUGAAAAAGUCACAUAACGAAAUUAUUUCUUUCAUUAUUUCUUAUGGGGAAAACAUUAAUUUUGUUCCAAGCCCAUCUCACAUUCACUCAGGAAUCACCCUAAAUGGUCCUAAAUUCUAUAAGGAAGAAGUAGUGCAAGACGUCAAAACAAAAUGAAUAACAAUAACCAUCGUGCUGGAACAAUGGAAGCCGGAGCGAAGGUGAGUAGGACCCAAUCGCGGGUUCCGUUUAUUAACAAACAAAGCCAGGGAGCGAGACAAAGAGCCGUAGUCGGGGACAGGUGAAGGUCGGGCGAUGAACCCUCAGGGUUUCUUGGAGCAAACAAGGGACGUAAACGACGAGACAAAGCGAAGGUCGGUAUCCAGGAGAUCAGGAAUUUUGAAAAGGACAGGAAUCGUUGGACACACGGGAGUAAUGGUUACUCAAGUGAGGUUCUGCAAGCAGGUGUGGAAUCCUUGUCUUUUCAUCCCGGGCCGUCUUGAUGGGACGCAGGUGCAGGCGAGGUGCACGUGACAAUAGCAUUACACACUCAACCCUUCAUGUUUGUGCAUUUUUUGUAAGUAGUUUUACUUUUCACCGUUUGUUCCUG